AUGAAUUUCUCGCACGACAAGUUCGACGCGGAGAAGUAUGUGGACGACCAGAUGCAGAUCAUGGACGAGCGGGGCGUGCGGCUGCUGGUGGGGGACCUGGCGGACUACCGGCGGGUGUCGGCGGACGAGAUGCGCAAGAGCGUGUUCGCCAACUACACGGCGUUCAUCGGCACGUCCAAGGAGAUCGCGGAGCUGGAAGUCGAGCUGCAGCAGAUGAAGAACCUCCUGUCCGUGCAGACCGCACUCAUCCACUCCCUCGCCGCGGAUAGCAUGAACAAUGAUAACAGUAAUAGCGCUUCCGCGGGUGGGGGUGGUGGGGGUUCGACUCCUGCGUCUACCACUUCGUCGGUUACCACCGCUGGUACUUCGUCUACCUUCGCCGGUGCUUCGUCAUACGCGUCCUCGUUAGCCACCCCGCAGCAGGACGAGGAAGAGGACGAGCGGAUUUGGAGCGUGGAGGUCCCCGAGCCCACCGAGAUUGAGAAAUAUGCGGAGGCGCUCCCGGAUAUACUGGAUAUUCUUAUAGCGGAGCGGAAGGUCGACCGCGCUAUAGAGCUGCUGGAGCAAGGGCAGCAGAUUGUGCAGCUGGCGCUGGCGACAGCAGGGGACGGGGCGGGCGGGGGCGCAGGCGGGGGGAAAGGGGGCGGGGGGCACGGUGGGGGCGGGGAGGACGAGGAGAUCCUGAGCGCGGACGCGGCGAACGCGCUGGCGGCGGCGAUCGCGGAGAGGCGCGCGUGGCUGAUGGCACAGCUGGAGGAGACGGCGCAGCAGGCGGCUGUGCGCGGGCAGGAGCUGCGGCAGGCCGUGGGCGCGCUGUACCGCCUGGGGGAGACCGAGCGCGCGCACCAGCUGCUGCUGGGCGCGUACGGGGAGCGGAUUAGGAGCGGAUCCCGCCUGCUGCGCCCCCGCGGGACCAGCUUUGGCGGCGCGUACACUGCUGCCCUGGCGCAGGUGAGUGCGUGGGGAGAGGGAGCGUGGGAAGGGGGAGGCCGUGGUGGAGGGAAGGGCGUGGUGGAGGGGAGGGCGUGGUGGUGGGAACACGGGGCUGGUGUUCUCGCCCCAGACCCCAUUUCCGCUCUCCCCCAACCCCCCAAUCCCUCCCUCCCCCCACUACCCCCCCAGCUGGUGUUUUCGGCCAUCUCCCAGGCGGCCACUGACUCGGCGCGCAUAUUCGCGUCGGACCCAGCAUGCGCGGCGGACCUGCUGCUGUGGGCGCAGAGGGAGACGGAGUUCUGUGUGUCGCUGCUCAAGCGCCACGUGCUCUCGUCUGCUGCUGCUGCCGGCGGGCUGCAUGCCGCUGCUGAAUGCGUGCGCAUCGCUCUUGGUCACUGCAGACUAUUGGAAGAGCAGGGUCUGACCCUGUCUCCAGUGCUCUCCAAGCUGGUGCGCCCCAGUGUGGAGGAGGCGUUGGAGUUCAACAUCAUCCGCAUAGAGGACUCGGUGGCCACCAUGGUGGCCGUGGACGACUGGGUGCUGCUGCCUCUGCCCCACGGCGCUGCUGCCACGGGCAGGGUGCGAGCGCUGCAGCAGACGCUGGGGCCGGGGUUGAUGCACCUGAGGCUGUCCAGCAGCGGCCAGAGGUUCUACCUGUUGCUCGUGGAUCUGGUGGAGGACAUAUUACCAGUGAUCAGCCUGCAGCUGUUUGGUCGCAUUCUCGACCGCCUGGCAUCCCUCUUCGAGUCCUACGUCGCCCUCCUGCAAAAGGCCCUCCCCUCGCCCUCCGACGACGAUGAGGAGGAGGACGAGGGGAACGGGGGGGAAGGAGGCAAGGGCGGGGAGAAGGGAGGGGAGAAGGAGAACGGGGAGGAGCCGUGGCAGGACGGCAGUGUGCGGACGGCGGAGGACGAGCAGCAGCAGCUGGCGCUGCUGGGGAAUGCGUCGGCUCUCGCGGAUGAUCUGCUGCCGAGGCUGGCUCAGCGGCUCACGCUGGCUGCUGGGGAGGAAGGCGGCGGGGGCGGGGGGCGAGGGGGGAGGAAGCAGGGCGGGGCGGAUCCAGACAGGAGGCUGUCUGCUGGCGGACGCAACGCGGCAGAGCACAAGGAGUGGCGGAGGCGGCUACAGAAGGCGGUGGACAAGCUGAGGGACGUGCUGUGCUCGUGCCUCGUGGCGGAGUUCAUGUACGGCCACGACGGCCAGCCCAUCCUCACUGCGCACCAGUACCUGCACAUGGACGCCAAGAUGCGCCCCACCCAGUGGGCUCUCAAGCCCCUGCCCUCGCCUCCCUUCCAGGCGCUGUACAUGGCACUGCACUCCAUCCAUUCCACCGCCACGUACGUGCUGGGAGGGCGCGACCGCGUGGUCACUCUGCUACUCAUGCGCCUCGCAGAGUGGCUGAUGAUGGGCCUCAUGGUCUACAGCUCCUUCUGGGACGAGCUGGAGAACGCUGAAUACGCUCUCGGCCCCACGGGCCUGCAGCAGCUGGUGUUUGACAUGUAUUUCGUGAUGCAGGUGGCCAAGGCAGGCAAGUACUCCUCCCGGGCCAUGCGCAAGGUGGCAGAGGACAGCGCCACCAAGGCCAUCGUAUUGUUCACAGAUCAAACGGGAGGGGAUCCCAACAGUCUCCUGCAGGAGGACUGGUGGUACGAGCACAAGUGUGUGGAGGCAAUAGAGGAGCUCGCAGCAGCAGCCAGCCCAGCAGCGUCCCCGUCAGACUCGCCCAGCCGCCACCGCCGCUCCUUCUCCCAAGAGGACCCUGAUGACCCACUCGCCGCCGCCUCCUCUGCCGCUCCUGCUGCUGCCAGUCCUGCUGCUCCUGCUGGUGCUGGUGCUGCUGGUGGUUCUACAACUGCUGCUGCCUUGUCUCCAACAAUACCAGCUCUGCAGCAGCAGGGGGAUGCGGGGUUAUCCCAACAGCAGCAGGGUCCGGGGAGAAGUGGGUUGGAUGAGGAGAGGAGAUCAGCAGCAAAGGGACAGUAUGAUAUGUAUGAUGAUGAUGGGGGGGGUAGGAGUGCAAGACCAGGGGGGAGGGGAGCUGCGAGUCGGAGCCCUACGAGUGAAUCAGCAGGAAGGGGGGCGCGGAACAGAGGGUUUUCAGAUGAUGAUUAUGGGAGUGGUGGCGGCAGGAGUGAGUAUUCGAGCCGAGAUAGGGGGGAUGGGAGGGAGUACGGGAGGGAUUAUGGGAGGGAGAGGGAUAGUGGCGGGAGCAGGGAAUAUGGGAGGGAGAGGGAUGGUGCAGGCGGGUGGGAAUAUGGGAGGGAUGGCGGAGGGAGGGAUUAUAGGGAGAGUGGUGGGAGAGAUUAUGGGAGGGAGAGAGAUGGAUCGUAUCGAGACAGAGAUGUAUCGUAUAGGGAGAGAGAUAGGGAUGGGUAUGGGCGGGAUGAGAGAGGUUACGGGGGACGACAACCGCAGAGGCGAUGA